AUGUCUACAGCAACAAGUUCAAGACAGAGUAAUGAUGAUGGCAUCAGCAAUUCUUGCUUGAAGGUAUUCUUUCCCCAACAAUAUUGUAAUUGCUCGAGUGGUUAUUUACUUGGCUUUACGGUGAAUUCUAAGACUAUUUGUAUUUCAUCGGUGCAUCGAUCGUACGAUCGUCAAUUUAGUGAUGCUACAUCGUCCAAGCUCGAUCCAUCGACGACGCAGCAAACUCCAGUUGUAUUAGGUUAUAUCUACAAUCAAGAUGAAGAAGAUCAACCUAAUAUUACGCGCCAAUUCAGACGUCAUCGUCAAUGGAUUCUUAUACAGGUUUCGUGGAAAUCUCGAUAUUGUUAUGUUCAAUGGCAUCAUCAUAGCCAGUUAUCCUUCUUAUUGAUUGUAUACCAACAAAAUGGAAAAGGAACAUUUAUGUCCAAUCGAUCGCUACAUCAAGUUGUCAUGGAAGCAAGUGAUAUUAAUCACCACUGUGCAUCUGAGCAUUGUCCAUCGGAAUUGGAGAGCUGUCUUCAAUAUAUUAGUAUGACACAAAAUCUUUCGUUUAAUCGUGCUCCUAUUCCAACAAAAAAUCAGUUGUUUCAUAUAGCGGACUUCCUAUUUCUAACUUGGUUCCUACAUCUUGUCAGCUACAUCUAUCUUAAAUUUCGGACGAUAACCUUACCGUUAUGCAAGUAUCUACAAUCGCCUUUGCAAACAUUUAGAUCGUACUUUCGAGGUCUUACAGUCAACCAAAUUGCAUGCUGUUCUAGCACAGCUUAUCGUAUUAUCAAAAGAGUGAAGGAGUUUAAACAUCUCUAUCAUUCAAGACAGGAGUUUACCAACGAUUAUCGGGUAUCACAAGUCAAAUCUGUUCAAAAAAUGAUAUUCUGUAAUUAUGCUAUAACGUUAAUGCUGGAUAUCCUACUAGGCUUGGCUUUCUUUUAUUUAUUCUUUUCAUACGAUUUAGUGGAAAAAAUUUCAGCUCAUUUUAUGAAUCUAACACAGGUUACUGUCAAUUCGUUAACAAAACUUUUAAAUUGGUUGAUGGGUGCCCCGGUGGGAUUGAAACUCAAUAAGCCUUUGAGUGAAUUUUUAGCAAAUUUCUUUUUAUAUCAUAUUUAUGUUUGGAAUGGCAAGAAAUGGAAUGUAUUAAAAAACCGAAUGGAUUCUUAUACGUAUGAUAUUGAUCAGCUUCGCUUGUCGAUCAUGAGCCUUUACUGCUGUUUAAACGGGUUUUUAUGGAUCAUUGACCAUCUUCUACUUUAUGUAUUAUUUCUAAAGAUUCUUAACCCUAAUUGUUUAUCAGAUGGGAUCGAAUUUCAAAAGUACAACAUUCGUACCUUUUUCGACACUGGUAGCGUAACGAAUUUUAGGCAUACGUUCACUCCCGGAAAUGAAAUAGAAGCGCAAUGUUUCUUUUUGAAAGUAAGCUAUAUUCGAUUCCCGCAGUACUUCUAA